CUUUCGUAUUCGGUAUAGAAUGCGAAAAGCAACUGCUGAACGCAUUAUUCAGAUGAUUGAGGGACAAAUAGCUCCGUUUAUCAAUAAUCGGGGCUCACCUAUAUCGGCGACUGUUCAGUUUCUGGCAACAGUUAGGUACUUAGCUAAGGGAGCUUACGGAGUCGAUAUAGGUAGGAGAAUACCAAUUAACGUGGAUAGUGAUCUGUGUUAUGUUGUAGCGGAUCAACAUGGACUAUCACAGCCUUCAUUAUCCAAUAUUAUAAAGAGGGUUUCGCAAGCAUUGGCAGCACAUAGACACAGAUUUAUAAAUUUUCCUACGGCAGAAGAAUCACACCAAGUCAAAGCGGACUUCUAUAGAUUUGCCAACUGUCCAUCAGUCAUAGGUGCAAUUGAUGGCACCCAUGUCAAAAUUAAGUGUCCUGGAGGAGAUUAUCCAUUACUCUAUUUAAAUCGCAAAGGAUAUUAUUCCUUGAAUGUGCAGGUAGUAUGUGAUGCGAAAUGUAAGAUUCGGGACAUUGUUGCACGAUGGCGUGGUAGCACUCAUGACUCCAGGAUAUGGAACGAGUGCCACUUAAGACGCAGGUUUAUGCAUGGAGAAAUAGAUGGGGUGUUAGUUGGCGACAAUGGAUACCAAUGUUCACGCUACAUUCUUACUCCGUUAUUAAAUCCACAAACAAAUGCAGAACAACGGUAUAAUACAGCUCAUAUAAGAACAAGAAAUGUUAUUGAAAGGACUUUCGGCAUUUGGAAGAAUAGGUUUCGCUGCUUUUUUAAUGGUCUAAACCUACAAUUAGAAACCACCAAAGCGGUUAUUGUAGCAACAGCAAUACUUCAUAAUCUUAUCAUUCAGGAACGCUUAGACAAUGAUGAUUCAUCAGAUGACGAAUAUGAUGAUGACAAUGACAGGGUUAUAUACCACAAUGAUGGAAGGGAACACGUUCAAGGAAAUUUAUUUCGAGCUAGAUAUAUUGAUACCCAUUUUAAUGAAAUAUUAUACAAGAUGUGUCAAAAAUGCCUUUAAUACCUGUCUUUAGUACAUAG